CUCCGCUAAAACAGUUUCUCCAUCUCUCUCUCCAAGUCAAUCAAAUGCCACAUGCGCUGUACCUUAGCGGACAUUAGCAUCAUAAGAGACAAUUGGUGAUUCUUAAGGGACACCCUCAAUAUCUACGUUACUACACUACAAGCUAUUAUAUCCCUAUACUAAUAUCCAGCUCUCAAGAUGGCACCUGGGAUGUCCUUGUCCUCGGUGAAUGCCAUCAUCAUCCUUAACAUCGACGACGGCUCGAGGAUAUUCGCGAAAUACUACAAUGCACCCCACCAUGCUCCUACAGCUUCAUCGACCACACAUCACCAACAUGGCGGACCGUUCGCGGAUGUCAAGUCGCAGAAGACCUUCGAGAAGGGUCUAUUAGAAAAGACGGCAAAGCAGACCGGCGAUAUCAUUCUCUACGACAACCGGAUCGUACUAUAUAAGAUGGAGUCCGACGUGAUGAUGUAUGUCGUGGGUGGUGUGGAUGAGAACGAGGUCCUCUUAUACAACGUCAUCUUGGCCCUAAGGGAUUCGCUACACCUCCUAUUUAAGCAAUCGGUUGAUAAGCGAACGAUAAUCGAGAAUUACGAUCUAGUCUCGCUGGCGAUCGACGAGAUCGUGGAUGACGGUAUCAUCUUAGAGACUGACCCGACCAUCAUCGUACAGAGAGUUAGCAAGGCGCCGACGCAGGAUGUUAAUCUCAGCCGUAUCGACCUCAGCGAACAAGGAGUGAACAAUUUGGCGCAAUUAGGAAAGGCCAAAUUGACAGAUUGGUUAAGGCAAGGCUUGUAAGAGACUAGUUCUCCGAAGCGUGGAGACUUGCGAGAUGACCUUCAAUGUAGACUCCGGCGUGGCGUUGG